CCCAUUCUCCAUUUUCUGCCUCAAAUCAUGUCCUUGAAUGCCCAGCGCCCUCGUGUUACAGUCAAUGGUAUCCGAAGAAUGAGAACAUUCCAUUACUUAUGGUGCCAAACUUGCCGACGAACCUCAAGGUUCUCCACCGUAAACUCACAUGAAAACCUCUGUCCUCAUUGCUAUAGUGUGUUAAAUCAUGAGCUUGACAUAUCGAGGCCUAGGCUUGUCCCUGACCUCACCGAGCUCGAACCCUCUCCGGCUUCACGGUUGUUGGACUCGUUAGCACUAAUGCUUCAUCCUUCAAUAAGGAGGCAAUAUCCUGAAUUUGAUAGAAGAAUUCGUUGGGAAUCCGAAGGUGCCAAUGCACCUUGGAUUACACUUCAGUUUCUUGAACCUCCUCGUCCGGAAAGACUACCCAUGGCUUCGCCGUCGCCGGCUCAAAUGGUUGCUCCUGGCGGUGUUGCUUCUGCUGCUAAUAAUGGAAGAAAUGAGAACUUUGCUAAUGCAGGCUAUGAAGCUAACUUGUUUGCUCCGGAGAUGACUGAUAUUGACAGGCCUGGCCCUCCUCCUGCCUCAGCUUCAGCGAUUGAGACACUGCCGAUAGUGAAGAUUACACAAGAACAUUUGAUGAAGGACACGCAUUGUCCAGUGUGUAAGGACGAAUUUGAGGUUGCUGUGGAAGUGAGGGAGCUUCCCUGCAAGCAUUUGUACCAUUCUGAUUGUAUUGUUCCUUGGUUGAGCAUGCACAAUUCUUGCCCAGUUUGCCGGCACCCUCUCUAUGAUGGUUUUGAAGAUCAUCUCCAGCAAGCAAAUGGUCAAUCUUUUGGGUUUGAAGAGGUGGUAAAUAGCAUGAAUUGGAUGAGGAACCAGUUCCUUUCUCUAUGGCCUGUACGUGCAUUUUCAGAUUGGACUCAGAGAUAUCUUGAUUUCUUGGAUAACAGGGUUGCAUCUUCCAGGGGAGAUUGCAAAGAUGAAAAGAUAUUGAAGCUUAACAGGUAUGCUUGCCAAUUCCUUUUUCAGUUUGAUGUCCUUAUUGAGCUUAAUCCAACUUCUGUUGAAUUUCUCACUCAGCAGAGUUCUUCAGGGAGGGAAGUAUUGUACGUUCCUGUCUUUGUAAAAGCAAGACCACUUCAGAUUUCAGAAAUGCAUUUGGAGUUGAAGGUCGUGACAGGAUUCAUACAUAAAUACAAUUCUGCAAGUGGUGUAACUUCAUGA